GGCCCACUAUUGGCGGUAUGGUACCUAUUGGAGGCAUGCACAUCUAUCCACCCAAGCAACUGCCUCAAGAUAUAAAAACUUUCUUAGAUGGAGCAGAAAAUGGUGCCAUAUAUUUCAGUUUGGGCAGCAACGUUCAAUCCAAAGAUAUGCCUGCUGAAAAACUGAAAAUCUAACUGGAAGUAUUUGCCUCUAUGAAACAGCGCAUUUUGUGGAAAUUUGAAAAUGAAACUAUUGCAAAUCUGCCCAAAAAUGUCAUGAUCAAAGCCUGGCUACCACAAGCCGAUAUAUUGGCUCAUCCCAAUGUCAAAGUAUUCAUUACUCAUGGUGGUUUGUUUGGCACCCAAGAAGGUGUUCACUAUGCCGUACCCAUGUUGGGUAUGCCCAUCUAUUGUGAUCAACAUUUAAAUAUGCGCAAAGCUGUACAAUCCGGUUAUGCCAUCAAUUUGCAUUUCCCCGAGAUAACCAAAGAAAUAUUGAAGGAAUCGCUAGAGAAAUUACUACACGAUCCCUAUUAUCGUAACAACAUCAAUAGAAUUUCGAGCAUAUUCCAUGAUCGUCCUGUGGGUGCUCGAGAAACAGCCAUGUAUUGGAUAGAGUAUGUGAUACGUCAUAAUGGAGCUACGCAUUUAAGAUCGGCCGGUUUGGAUCUUAAGUGGUAUCAGUUCUACUUAUUAGAUGUCAUUGCCUUUGUUGUGGGUUGUAUUGUUUUGACGUUGGCAUUGUCUUGGUUUGCAUUGCGUAUGAUUUUAUAUCGUAAGCCCAAACAUGUGAAAUCUAAGACACAGUAG